AAAAUUGCCUCACCUCUAAAGCUAAUUUUAGUCUCUCCUAUGUAGCUCUGCCUCUAUAAAAAUCACUGCUAGUGUGACAGUGUUCUAGUAACCUGUGCCGUGCACGGAGCAGAGUGCACUGACUAACUAUCUAUUGCAUGGCAGGGGUUAACUAAGCCUGUGGGAUUGUGCUUACCUAGACAAAACCACUGCAAUGAGGGGAAAAAACAAUGAAUGGGUGGAGAUGUUCAAGCCGAGGCAUUCCAGCUAGUGCAGUGUGGGCUACAAUGACAGGCUGAAGGUUGCAGCAGCAUCAGGAUCUGCAUUCAAAGUGAGCAAAUCUUACAUUCUGGAGCGAGCUUGUGUGCAGGUCUUGUUUAUUUGCUGAGAGAUGGCCAGUAACCAGGCCAGCCUGCAGGAUGAGCAGAGCAGACAUUGUAAGUUCUUAUCCUAUAUGUUCUACCAGGCUGUGAGAGACCACAAACCGGUGUGGAUGCUGGAAGAUAUGAGAACUAUGGAAUAUUUUUACUGGGAGGAAAAUGCAAGCCUGAGAACAUAUUCACCUUCGGAAGCCCUUCUCUAUGCAGUGGUGCAUAAUCACCUGCCUUAUGCCCAGUAUCUGCUGUCUCAUUUUCCAGAGGACGCUCUCAAGGUUCCUGGAGAGCAUUUCUGCUAUUGCCCGUCCUCUGCCCCUCAUUUGGCCAUGGCAGUCACAUACGACAGGAGGGACAUUUUGGCGCUGAUCAUAAAGAUUGCACACAAGCUACCCAGCCUAAACUCCUACAUCAACAGGACUGGCUGCUUUCAUCUGGAAGAUGGCAAGACCCCGCUGCACCUUGCCUGCGAACUGCUGAGGUCAGAGACUGUCCUCAUUCUCCUAGGGAAUGGGGCUUCUCCCAGGAUCGAGGACAGCAAGGGGCUCACCCCGUUGGAUGUCAUCCUGGAGCAGAUGUGGGACUCCAAAGUCAACAUGGCAUCAAAAAAGCUCUGCCUCGAUUACCUCUUGCUCUUCAUGCCUAACCCACAGUUUAAGAUGCGGAAAGUUCUGCAGGAUCAUCCAGACCACUGGACAGCUUUGCUUGGGGAAGACAAAUUCAACAGCCUGGUGGGGAACACACCUGGUUCUUUAUACCUGCAAGCUAUGCAAACUAUUCUCCAGUCUCUCCCACCUUCACACUUUCCUAAAAGCAUCCAGGAACUACCUAUACCUCAGGCACUAAAGCCCCUACCUUCCUAUGGCAAAAAGCUUCAGACAAAAAAUGUGGUAAAUGUUUUUCCUUGACUAUAUUUUUUUGUGUGCUGGGGGGUGUGCGGAUUUUCAAAGGCACCUAAGGGAGUUAGGCACCUACCUCCCCUAGAAUUUCAAUGAGAUUUUGGUACCUACCUCCCAUAGGCCCCAUUUGAAAAUCCAAUAUUUUAUGAGAAGAUUUUCAGUGUUUUUCUAAUCGAUUGCAGGCACAGCACUUUUAAAAUCAAAAUCCUUCUUUUUUUGUUGUGGUGCAUGUGAAGGGUUAAGUUUAAUUGAAGCAAUUUUUUUAACUGCCAGCUGAAAUCAGUGAAUCUGAAUUCCCAAUAUUUUAACAUUAUCCUGUGUAAAUUAUGCCGGUGAAAAAGAAUGGCCUGUCCAUUGUGAUUUGCAAAUACUGUAACUAUGGAACUGUAUUCUACCAGCCCUAUAAAAACCACCAAUGGGAUUGAGAUGUCAGGUUUCCUUUCUGCUCCAGUGAUGAUCAGAAAUCCUGUGGCUCACAAUACUCUUACUGCAGUGGUGUUGAGUCAGUGCUGCAGAAUAUUGCAUUUCCUCAAUCAGAGUCAGGGGCUCUGUGUUCUUGCUCAGAGGAUAAAGACAGGCAGCAUACUGAUGAGAAGGCAUCCUUCUUUUAUUUGGGAGUGAGAGGGUUAAAGGCUAGCCCCAUGCUGAAGCUUCUAUAGAAUUGUGCAGUGGGGCGGGAUCCAUCUUUCAUGCUGUUCAGUGAAAUAAUGCAAAUCCUGGCAAUACCAGUGAGUGGACGUCCAUCUUUAAUGAGUGACAUUAGUUCCCCAGGACUUUUGUUUUAAGGGGUGACGGUGUCCCCAAGAGAGUUACAGCUGUGCCUUGAUUUAGAGAUUUAUAUCAAAGCCACCUGCAUUUGCUAAUUACUUGAAGAUGGGCUGUGGUAUUUUGCUGCUAUAAAUCACCAGCGUGGCAGAUUAGGUCAUUCAUCCUCCAAGCCGCAGAUAUAGGGCCCAAUCCUGCCAUGGGAGCUGAAGACAUGGGGUGUUCACAGGAUCAGGCUCGGAAGCUGAUGUCGACUGCCUUGAAUUCCCAAAAGCACAGACAGGACUCCCGUUAUUAAUCAGUCAGUAUCUUGCUGUCAGUGUGGAAUGCUACUCCCCACACCCCUAGCCACAAUCAAAGCAGACUAGUGAAAUCGUGGCCCAGCAGCAUGCCACUCCAAUGCCCUUCGCAGCAUAGUCCUUAAUUAGCUAUACAAUAAAGUUAUUUUAGCCAAAGUGGUCUCAUUUUCAAUUUAACCCUUUGCUCGAGUCCCCAGCCCCCAAAAGGAACACAUUCCCACAUAUUUGUAGGGUGUGAUACAGUGUCGAUGGUUGAGCUUUUUAAAAUAUAUGCAGUGGUAGGCAAAGGGCAUGAUUACACAUUACCUCAUGAUUCAUGAGGUUGUGAACAAGAAAUGGUGUGCAAUAGAGUGUUGUGCCACCUAGCACACUGAGUAGACCACUUGUUACAUUUAUAGAUGACCUAUAUCUCAGACAGUAAAAAGCUGAGCCAUGUUCUCUGUUGGUGUCAAUGGAUGCAGCCCCAUUGACACUGGCAGUGAAUGUCCUGAGGGCACCACUGCUAUAUUGCUCUGUGUAUCUGGGUGGCCUGAUACUGAAUGUACUGGGUAUGCCCAGGUGAGGUGCCCCUGAUGGGCUGCUGACUGUACAGGAUAUGUCCACGUGGAGUGUCCCUGUUGUAUGUAUCAGGCACAUCCAGAUAGAAUGCUCAGGUUCUGCUACUGAAUAUACCGUUCCCAGUGCAUGGCACCUUCUGCGCUGCUGAAUGUGAUGCCUGCAGCUUAACACCCCUUUAUCGUCACUGGUAUGCGGAGAAAAUGCCAGCACAGCAUUUUCAAUGGCAGACCAGCAGUGAAAGGGUUAAUCUAUUUCCCUGCAUCUCUCUUCCUGUUGCAUUGUGCCUCAAUGGCUCUCCAAGGACAAAGAGUUCCUUUUCCAUGUAUUCCUUGCUGGGAGGGGUGACUGGUGGGAGUGGAAUUCAGUGUAAACCUCAACCCCCCUUUUUUAUUUUUUCAGGGACACUGCCUCUGCAGCACAUGGUGGCAGAGUUGAAGGCUGUCACAGCUCAGGGGUAUCUUUCCCAUGAAGCGGGAGCCAAGCUGAAGGCAGAUUAGCAUAAUAAGCACUUGCCCAACCAAUCCUGCCAGUCCAUGGAAAGUGUGCCGGCAUCUCCAGCCUUAAGGCGUCAUCAGCCCCCAGUGUCACAGGGAGGGAGGGGAGGAGACAAAGCAGAUGUUCCACCUCCAAGGCUGCUGAACUGACAGAACAAUAGCACAGCUGUUAAGAGCGGGCUGUGUCCUGCUGCCACUGGAUUCAGUGGGAGCCAGAUCCAUCCAGCUCAUCUGUGCUGGAACUGCAGCAGCUAAUUUGGAUGUCAGUGGGGGAGAGGCAGAGGUGGAGGAUAGGAAUAUUAUUAAGAUGCUAAUUAAGCUCCGGUAGCAGAAAUUCCAUAUUAAGAACAGUGGAAGGGAAUUCAUUAGGUAUGUUCAUGCUCUCUGAUAGCGUUAGACCUUCCGUGCAGAACAGAGUUUCAGAAAAUCCACUCCAACUGGUGUGGGUGGGUGGGUGGUUUCUACACAAAACACAGAUUGUAGGGAUUGAUGGUGUGCGCAAUAUGGUAUUUUCCAGUAACACGGGGGAAAGUCACCCCUUGGCAGAGGGCUAGAACAAAUGCUUUGGGCACAUGUGAGCUUUAAAUGGUGCACAGGCCCUGUCAACAGGCAUCAAUUUCACACACUGCAGGGUCAGAGCUUAGGUUCCUCACUGCUCCAGUCUAUGCAGAUAUCUUCAAUUUGCCAAGUUGGCGGGGGCAGGAGGUUCAAGGGCAGCGUGAUGCUUGUGUGUGGCCUGCAGCAAGGAGAAGACACCUCCUUUCAGCAGCAAAAGGAAUUCUCCUGUAGCUCAAGCUAUGGUGUUAAAGCAGUCUAGGUCAGUACUGGUUGAAAGUCGCUACCAUUUGAAGUGUGUUCAUUGCCCUGUGUGCAAUGAGUUUGGUGUUCUCAGCCCAGUUCUUGAUGGACAGAUAUCCACAUCAAAGAAAUCACUACUGUUGCCUCCAAUUUGCCCCUUUGUUGGUAGUCUUAGCAGAGUGAUCAAGAACUGGGUGGGUCCUGGAGCCUGAUUUACCAUUUGACCUCUAGAGGGGGUUUCUUUGGGCCAGGGUUAAUGGACACUGACAGGCCAAGGGGAGAAGCUUGUAGUGUUGCUAACUGGGCAGGACAUGAUGAGGGAACAAUCCUGGAUGGGAUUUCUUUUUGAUGGAAGGGUGGGGAUUUUUUCCCCCUGCUCGAUCGCCUAUCCUUUGCAUUGAUCUAUCUGUUUGAUCUCCUGUGUGUCUUUGUUCUCUGUAGGAUAUUACACCUUACACAGCCAAAUCUACCUCAACUUCAUCACAAUUUUCAUUGACAUAGGACAAAAAAUCAGGUUCCUUAUUCAUUGUUCUCCUUAAGCCUGCUCACGAGCAAAAUUAAAUUCUAGAUCUGUUAAACAAUCCCUCCAACCCAUCAGCCCAUAGCCUUGAAUCUUUCCAGAGGAAAAAAUCCCUGCACUUGCAUGACAAAUACAUUAGUGAUCGGGCUUUUUUUUUAACAAACAACUACAAAAAGGGCACUUGGUGCCAUGUAGCAAAGUUUUCAUUUGGCAUUAAAAAUGCAUUGAAUGAGUGUAGUUUAAGGUCUUUAUUUUUAAACUUUGG